GGAUCAUUUACUUGCGGAGGUCAAUGUGGUGCAUUGUAUCAUACAUCUUGCGAGAGGAGUCCGCAGUAGGCAGCCCAGCCGGAGGGAGCUCGGCCGGGUCCUGACAUACAUAAUCAUCGGCAGACAGGGAGGGACAUGUCCGAUUGUCAACACGAAAACUAGCCUCUCUCCGCAUACCAUCUUCUUUGUCCUUUUCCUGGGCGGCGGCAUGCUCUCGCUCCUCCUGCGGGACCCCUCGGUCUCCUCCUCUUCGGCUGCACUCUCAGCUUGCAACGUCCGGAUGGACUUCCCGGCCAGUUCAGGGGGCUCCUCCCACCGUUUUCUAAAGAUGACAUUGCUCAGAUACGUCUGAGGGAAGGGCUGUCUCUGCGGUGAAACGGGCUGAGAUGCUCGUGACGGGGGCACGUCCGUUUGGACACCCCGGAGGUAGCCAGAGCGGAUGAGCUCCUUUUAACGAAUGAGACAAAGGAGAAAGGGAAGCUCUUGAGAGACACCCAUCGUUGAAUGCGCCUGGGCUUCUGUUACCUGGAUUCUUGUGUCGGCGAUAAUGCCCUGUGCCAUGUCGCGUAGCCCCCAUGGGCUCCUCUUCCUCAGAGGUCUGCCCCCGAAGAGCUCAAACGCAUCCGUCCGAGACAGGCCGUCAUAUCGAGGGAAGGAUGGAACUGAAGACAGAACAACGACCGUGACAGGGCUGGAUCGAUCUGCAUCAACACGUCACUUACUUUUCGUUGGGUCCUCUCGCCCCGGUGCGGCUUCAGCUUCAGGUGGCGGAACCGACUGGCUCACGCGAGGUGCAGGCCUACAGGAGGCGAAGAAGGGGACAUGAGACAUGGACAUGUGAUGAACAUUGGUUGGAUCCUACUGUGGAGCCGGUGCAGUGGCCGGUCGAUCGGCCUGCCCAUUGUAAUACUCAGCCACUCUGUCUGCAACGGACAUCCUCUCAGGCACACCCACAGCCCCUUCCGCUUCAUUCCUUUUCUGCGGUGUAGACCAGUCUUCUUCUGAGGCCUCUUCAGCAGCCAGGACACCCACAUCCUGUGGAGGUGGUCGUGCUGGCUGCUGUGACGGCAAUGUCACAGCCAUGGGCAUGACUAUGCUCGCCGGUGGCCUGACGGGCCGCUCGGCUGCCUUGUCAGCCUCUUGCUGGAAAAACAUAGCUUGUCUCGCACGUGCAGAUAAGGGAAUGGUAUAGUCCCCAGCCUCUAUAUCAGUGGGCAGAUCACUCACGGCUGUUAAUGUCAGGGGGAAGGAUCCCGGCGGGGCCUUGAAGACAAACAAACGAGACACAUGUCGGUUCAACUACAAUCCUACAAUCUUCUGUCUGUAUCACCUCUCACCUGAUCAACCAAUGGUUCCUUGUAAUAUUUGCUCUCGACGUACUUCCGAGCUGAUGCAGAGAGGGACAAAUGGAAGGAAGCUUGACACUAUCGAGAGUCGAAGGCGCGUGUUGACGCAUACGUAUCGGUCUGAGUCGGAGCAGGUACGGCUCCAGUAUCUGCUGGGUCGUGGCAUUCUUGUGACGAAACACCCGCCGCAGACUGUGCCACAGAUACAGCUUACACGUGCAUUGCUCACAUGAGAUGUGGGAGCAGCGUACGGUCUCUGAGGUGGUGCAGGGUCCACCCAAAGGGAAUCAGCGCGAAGAUGGUCAGCAACAGUGUCAACCAGGUUCCUCGACGAAGGAAAUGGCCUCCUGCAAAGAGCACCAGAAUGCAUGAGGGUUGCCGUCUCCCUGUGGCUGUUUGCUCACCUGAGCAGGCGGAUCUCAGGGGGCUCAGCUGUGCUGCAGCAACCACACGCAAACAUGCGGGGACAGCGGGGAACGCUGUUUGCAAUGCCGCGCCCCUCCUCAACUCACCCCUGGAUGAGCUGACGUAGCUCAUUUGACUGGACGAGCUUUCUUGACCGAAUUAGCCCCAGAUCAUCCCUCACUGCACACUCGAGACUUGUCCGUCGACGCAGCAGCUGCCCGGGGCCGCCCUUGUACUGCUGCUGGAGCAAAGGCCUGAUCUCUGGGCGUGGAUAGUGGCGCGAGGCUCGAGGAGGGGCAGAGGUGACUGCAUUCCUGGCCGCGUCAGCCAAACUGCCUCCUUCGAUGGGACUCAUGGUGUCUGAGACGCGGUCGCCCCCAAUUGGCCCACUGGCACAGCGAUCCUGCAUGUAGCGCGCAACAGAGAGAGCAGAGAUGGCGGCGACGGCAGAAUCGGGUGAUUUCUUCAUCACACAGGCGUUUAAGG